AUGGAAGCUUUACCUCAAGUUUCGGGUACAAUAAUUCCUCUCGCCUCACCCAGGGGAACGGAAAAGCAGUGUGAACUUUGUCAAAGAGUCGCACGACUGCAGUGUGCGGGUCACUUUUUUACUGACAUUCCGAGGUCUCCAGAUGGCUGGGGGGGCACCUAUCCUGUUUUUUUAUUCCUCAGGGAUGCAGCGCACCAACAGGCUGACUGGGUGGGGAUCCACAAGAGAAUUUGUCAGCUGCUUGUUCCCAUUCGCACCCAGACAUUCCUAAGUUGGUGCCUGCGCUGCUCCGUAGAUGUUUAUGGCCCCAACACUGUCCAGCUGAGGCCAACAUGGGUUUUGCUUGUACUUUCAAUUUGAAGCUUAGGAAAUCUAACCCUCGUGGCAGAGCUGCUGUCCCAGGCAGAGUGGUCAGUGUUGAAGAGCCCAGACUGUGGUCACGCAGUCCACCACCGCCUGCACAGGAGCCUGGGCCGCCUCCACAUGGCGACUGGAAACCUGGAACAAGCUCUGCUUCACUUUGCAAAUGAUAUAUAUUUUGCCAGUGAGGAGUAUAGUUUGGACAGCAUCGUCACGUGUGGUGGCUACUUUCUCAUGGCUGAUGCAUUUGUAGAGCAGGGGAAGAUGCCCAUUGCUCGUUCCGUGUAUUCUGAGGUGGCACAGACUUGGCACCUCCAUCCGACCAACAUCCUCAAGACCCGCAUCCCAAGUGCCCAAAAUCCUAACAUGUUGUUGGACUCCUCCUGUGACAAAGCACAGCUAGUUAAAGUGGAUGAGAUGUUAAGAACCAUGUUGGAGUUUGAGCAGAAAGACCCUGCUCAGAUUGCACGUGUGGCCCACUGCCUGGCCAUGCUUUGGUUUCUGGCAGGAGACUCACGGAAGGCACUGGGAUUUGGCAGCACAGCCUUGCAGGCCAGCCAGCUGAUACCAAACCAUGACCUGACGGAGCCCAUCCAGAGCCUGCUGCAGCUGGUGCAGAGUUUGCAGACAGACUCGCAUCCUGGUUCUGACUAGUCACAGUACUUCCCUCUGCUUGAAGAUCAUCAGGACAUCUGUUUCACCCCCCCAUGUGAAUAUAGAAACGACGUAACUACUAACAAAUGCAAAGUUAAGUAA